AUGACUAUUUCUAAAAAAGAAGUCAAAGUGAAGAAAAAGAAAAAGAUAGAGGGAAGGAGAGUCUAUAUUAUAGGAGAUUAUGAUAGUAAUAGAAGACCUCAAAGCAAUAAGAGUACUAUUGAAUACACUCUAUAUCAAUUGUAUUAUAAAGCAUGGUUUAUUUCAAAAUGCAAUUGCGGUAUAUCCUCAAGUUCGAUAGACUUGGCCAUUGUUAUAUAUAUAUAUAUAUUGAUAUAUUCGCUGGAGAUGAACCAUUUAUAUGCAUAUGGACAUGCUUUAAAUGUGGACAAAGUGUGGGAUAGUGCUAAAUUGACCUGUAAUUCGAAAGAAAAGAAUAAAAAAGAAAACCUCUUCGAAUACGAACAAUAA